CGCAAUAAUAAUAAGAAGGUGUUUGGUUAAGACGAAAGUUGAUUCUCUAACACAAAUCACAAACUCACAGCACAACACAACACAACACGACCAGACCGCUUCUUCGGUUAAAUUAUAUAUCAUCCAUUUGCAUUUCCUGGAAGAAUGGAUUCCAGCAGAGGUCAGAAUGGAAUUCAACUCCUGCUAGCUGCUGAACAGGAAGCUCAGCAUAUUGUCAAUGCUUCAAGAAAUGCAAAACUGGCUAGAUUGAAGCAAGCCAAGGAAGAGGCUGAGAAGGAUAUUGCUGCAUUUCGUGCUCACGUGGAAGCUGAGUUUCAGAGAAAGGUUGCAGAGAGUAGCGGAGACUCUGGUGCAAAUGUGAAGCGGCUGGAAGUAGAAACAAAUACGAAGAUAGACCACCUCCAGACAGAAGCAGCAAGAAUAUCACAUGAUGUGGUAAACAUGCUUCUAAAGCAUGUGACAUCGGUGAAGAAUUAGGAACGGGAUUUCUCGAGGGGGUAAUUGUGUUCAAAUGCUCCUUCCGCUUGUACCAUUUUGAUUUGGAUAUUGGUGUUCUGGUUUUGUGAGAAUGCAUGUAUUGCAGUUCUUUCUAAAUUAUUUAUGCUAUUUAUUGCAUGAUUAUGUUUAUUUAAGAAAUUUGUAAUUUGUAUUGUUUGAUUACUUUGUGAAGUAUGAAAUAAAUUAGCCAUCUGUCUAAAAAAACAUUCUAUAUUUAAUUACUUCUCAUUUCCUUGAA